AUGUUUUCCCAUAAUAAUCAUGAUUAUGGCCAAAUGAUCUGCAACAUUCUUAUAUUACAGAUUGCACCAGUGAUAAACUCAAUUACUCCAGAGAUGCAGCAGUCAAAUAUGAACCAUCUUUUGGACCUUGUCAAAGAACUGGCUUCUGCAAAUAGCAAAUUCAAGACCGAUCUUAUGGAUUGUAGAGGUCAACUAAAUGAAGCGCAUAUUGAAGCAGCAGCAUACAACAACAAGAUAUAUGGUAUUGAUAGAGACGAAGAAGGAGAAGAGCAAAGAGAGAAUUGUGGUAAUGGUGUACCGAGAUUUAUGGAGGUAACGGCCAGUUCAAUAUAUACGGACAAUCUCGCUUUACUUUCCAGAAGCGCACCUUCUCUACAUGCUCUUGGUCGUACAAACGGAGGCCGAAUGACAAAACCUCUCAGAGAAGUAAGAUUGGCAGAGCAGCCGCCGAUAACAGACAUACAAAACCAACCUAAAAAAGACCUUAAGCAACAUCCUUUCCAUGCAAUGUCAGCCAAAGAACGUUGCCCGCCUUCAAAAAAGGGUAAAGACGUGGCUCGAACAAAAACAGGACCUAUUCCAAAACCCUCGGCAUCCUCUCCUGCUGGAUCCAUUAUUCAUCACCAUUACCAUUAUCAUGAACGUCGCAACAAGAAGGAAAUCUUGGGUAAAGAAAAGGCUGUAUCACUUAGAGCAGCUAAUGACACUGACAACAGCCAGAGUGACACACCGAGUCUUGAAGAAAAUCCAAAAAGAAAGAGUAUACAAGAUAUGGAUCAACUCACUACAACUGAGCUAUUGGCACCACGACGGUCAUUAGAAGACUCUGAACCUAAAUCCCCAUAUAGCCAACUACAAGAGCAUGUAUCCCAAACACUUCAAAGAUUGAUUGCCACCGAUAUACGUGCUCUGAACAGAAAUUUACGACGGACGUUUGAUAUAUUUGAAUUGAGCAGUAUGAGCAAUUCGAUUAUUGAAAAUAUUCUGACCGACGUGGGUGCUCUUUCAAGUCGAUUUAUUUGGGUUCAGGACGAGAUCAGCUACAAUACCCACAACGAGUCAUUGAAUGCCUUCUUUCCGAUAUUACAGCUCUUUCAAGACUUGCUCCAGGAAAUGGGACAGCUGCGUUCGACUAUGAAUGAGCUUCAGGUAGAAUACGUAAAAAAAGUAGAGCAAUAUGGACAAAAGGUUGAGGAAGAGAUUGUCCAGAAGCGUGAAAAGUUGAAGAAGACCGCAAGCACACCCACAACGAAUAUGGCCCAGUCACCCUCUGGCCCUCUAGCAUGGUUCGCUCAGGUGUUUCAAAAAGCAACCCACCACCCGACAGAUAGAAUGGUAUCUAAAUCGAUUUCAAGGUCAAUAUCUUGUGAAUCCAUACCUCCUCAAUAUCCACAUGAACAGAGUACAUUUAUGGGAAAACCAUAUGGAUUGUCUGCUACAUAUGCAUCAUUGCAAGACGAUCAUAAUGACGGUUAUCAUUCUAGGCCGUCAUCUACGAUGGAGAAGGAGCGACAGGGAAUGGACAUUAGACGAGUCAAGAGCAGUACGAGUCGCUAUGGACCGGCGUCGAGUUAUCCACGAUCGUCGCCACUAACAGCAGAAAAGCUCUCUCACCGAGUUCCCUACCCUGUCAUCAGGGCAUCUCAAAGCACUGGUACAGACCGAAAGGCAAAGGUAAGGCAGGUUCCUUCCUUGGGACGAGAAUCGGGACAACGACAGAAGAGCCCUUUGAGAUUGACUCCAUCUGGGGCUUCUGCGAUCAAUUACGAUGGAACUGUACCACAGACCUCGGCAUCUGAACGAGCAAGUGAUUGGAAAGUUGGCGGACAUUUUUCAACUAGCUGGCUAGGUAGUAAUUAAGCUCACAAGCUAAUAUACUAGAAUUACUGUCAAUAUACAUAUAUACAUAUAAACCUAUAUACAUAAAGUAAUAUAUAUAUAU